AUGGCUAUCAGUCCUCAAGUAACCAACUUGAUCAUCAUCCUUGGGAUGAUGCAAGUCUCUAAACGUGUUCCUCUCGAGGAUCCCAACGUUUUGAACCUUGUCCGUGGGAUUUACAUUCUAUCAAACGUCAUCAUCGCAGGCGUUUACGCUUAUACUCAAUUUUUGAUCAACAAGAAGAAGGCUGUUGACAUAGAUAUGACUACUCUCAAAUACGUCGAGCAACCUCAAAUGGGUUCCGCCGAAGAACCCAAGCUCGUUACCACCACCGUCCACAAAUAUGAUAGCGAUCAAAUGAAGGCUCUCUACAAGGCACAACUGAUGGGUGUUGGAAUGAUGGCUGUCAUGCACUUGUACUUCAAAUACACCAACCCUCUCAUGAUCCAAUCUAUUAUUCCACUUAAGGGCGCAUUCGAGGGUAACAUGGUUAAGAUUCAUCUUUUCGGACAGCCAGCUACUGGAGACAUGAAGAGACCAUUCAAGGCACCAGCUGGUUUGAUGAGCAGUCUUCAAGGAGGAGGAGCUUCCCCAGCACAAGAUAAGAAGUCUAUUGAAGCUGCUGAGAAGGCAGGUCGUGGAGGUGUUAAGGACGAAUAG